CAUGAAGAUGAAGUUUUACCUGCUCUUUUUUACCCUAUUUAUCUGGAUUCAAGAGAAGCAUGUCUUCACUCUUCCAAGGGAUGAAGUUUUGUGGGCUCUCCCACAAACAGAUGAACAAGUUGAAGACCUUCAGAAUUUACUGAACACGACUGAGGUCAUUCUCUGGCAACCUGUUGUGGCUGAAAACAUUAAGAAGGACAGAGAAGUCCAUUUCUAUGUCAGAGCAUCCAACAUAAAUAGCACAAAAGCCCAGUUAAGGCAACUGGCCAUCCAACACAAAGUCUUGAUAGGAGAUGUUCAAGGAUUUAUUGAAAAACAGACUGUCAAUGACACAGUCAACCCACGCAGAUCUUCUUCUUAUUAUGAAAACUACCAUUCAAUGAAAGAAAUAUACCGUUGGAUGGAAGAAGUAGUCAAAGUCCACUCUGAUCUCCUACAGAAAAUAUAUAUUGGAUCAUCAUAUGAAAAGAGACCGCUUUAUGUCCUGAAGAUUUCUAAAAGCCAGGAAAAAUCCAAAAGUGCCAUAUGGAUUGACUGUGGUAUCCAUGCUAGAGAAUGGAUUUCUCCUGCUUUUUGCCUGUGGUUCAUAGGCCACGUAAUCCAUGUGCGUGAGAGAGACCCAACCAUGACAAUGCUUCUGGAGCACUUUGAUUUCUACGUCAUGCCUGUGAUAAAUGUGGAUGGCUAUGAGUACACAUGGAGCCAUCCCUCUAAUCGCCUCUGGAGAAAAAGCCGCUCAAAGCAUGGUAACAGCAAGUGCAUUGGUACUGACAUGAACCGGAAUUUUGAUGCGCACUGGUGUGGUCAAGGAGCAUCUCCCUAUGAAUGUCAGGAGACAUACUGUGGACCCUACCCGGAGUCUGAGCCUGAAGUGAAAGCAGUGGCUCGCUUUGUCAGAGACCACAAAAACACCAUUAAAGCCUACAUAACCAUGCACUCUUACUCCCAGUUGGUAUUGUUUCCAUAUUCUUACACUACGAACAGAAGCAAAGACCAUGACGAGCUGGACAGUCUGGCAAAGAAAGCAGCUAAAGCUAUAAGGAGGACAACAAAGGAAAUUUAUAGACCUGGUCCUGGGGCACAGACAAUCUAUUUAGCUCCUGGAGGGUCCGACGACUGGGCUUAUGAUCUUGGCAUUAAAUAUUCUUUUACCUUUGAGCUACGAGACACGGGAACUUAUGGAUUUUUGCUUCCUUCUCGAGAAAUUAAGCCAACUUGCUUAGAAGCACUUUCUGCUGUGAAAGAGAUAGCUAAACAUGUUCUCCAAAAUUUGUGACGCUGAAUAUAAUUUAUUCCAGCAUUACUGCACUUAGUUAUAAAAGUAAUAAAAAAGCUUGCUGCUUUAUUAUUUCCACAUAGGCAGAAAAAAAAAAGAAUGACUGCACCUCCUAUAUUUUAGGAUACAUCAGUCAUUUUCAACCAUACCUAUAUACCUAUACCUGCAGUGGUAGCUCAGUGCACCACAUAUAGAGAGAGCACUCUAUAAGAGGAAAAUAGCACAGAUGUACUACCAGAUAGUGGGAGGUCCAGGUGAUGUAGCCUCGAAUGGGCCUCUGACCAACUACUGGGCAGACUCCAUUCAUAGAAGAGGUUCCUCCAUUUCGGUCAUUUGAGCUACUAAAGGAUUUCCUUCCAGGAAAACAACCCUACUCAUCGUUUCUGCUGUCAAAUAAAAAGGAUGUUCACAUGAGAACUUGCUGCACGUUUUAAUAAAGGCAAGGACACACAGGUGGCCAAACCACCAAGGGGCAGCUGCCCACAGGCGCCUCCACUACAAUUAGCCAAGUUCAUU